UUUACAGUUUGUUUACGGUUAUGGAGUGACAACUCUGUUUAUGCGGCUAAUAUCAAAUGAAAUGAUACGAUAUCUAUAAACAAUUUAGAAAACACGUGUAAGAUAUAGUAAAGUAGUUUAAAUAGUUUUUAAGAAAUUAAUGAAAGUUUAAUUAUGACAACUUCACGAUUUUUUGUGGCUAAUUUGCCUGUUAAUACCAAAGAAAAACAUUUACGACAAUUAUUUCAAGAUUAUGGUGAAAUAGAAAAUAUUGAAGUUAAAAGUAAAGAAAAUGUUUUGGAUAAUGAAAAAAAGGUCAUAGCUUUUGUAACUCUUCGGAUAACUGCAAGUGAAGCACAAUAUUGCUUAAAAGAUUUGAACGUGCAAAAAGUGCAAGGGCAACAGGUUAAAGUAUCGCUAGCCAAAGAAUCCUUUUUGGAAAGACUUAAACGUGAAAGAGAAGAAGCUAAAGAAACAGCCGAAGGAAAAUCAGUCACUUUGUCAAGUAUAGAGCAACAAUCUGUUUUAUUAAAGGUGCCGGCAAUUAAUAAACGAAAAACCUUUGAUGAACAUGAUGAAUUGGGCGAUGAUGAGGUGGCUCCUGAGCUGAUGAUUAGCAAAAAACGUGCCAUUAAUUCUAUUCAUAAUGGUAAGAUUUUUAUACCUAACGGCAAUGUGCAACCAUUGCAUAUUAUUGACAAUAAAAAAGGCAAGAAAAAGUUGGCCCAAUUACCAGAUAAUACAGCAGAACAAAAGCGUAAAGAAUCUUUAAGCAAAAUGAAGCAUGACUAUGAAAAAAAGAAAUCAACCAUACAGCAAGCUUUACAGGAUGAAAAUGGAAAUAUUUCCAAAAAGAUUAUUUUCCGUGAUAAUGCAAGUGACGAGGAAAAUAUUGCAGAGGGCGAGCAGUCUGUGAAGGCAUCGAAAACGAACAUUUUUGGCUCCGACGAUGAUGAUGGGGGUGAAAAUUUCAAAUUGAAGUCAUUACCCACUGGAAGUCGAGGAGAAAAAUUGGUAAAAUUGCAGGCUAAGCAAAGUUUAGACUCGCGCUUUCGUAUCGAUGCCAAGUUUUUGGAUGACGAUAACGAAAUUGAAAACGACAUUUCACCCGAAGGGGAGGAAGAAGAAAAUAAUGCAAAUGAUGAACGCAAAUGGCAAAUGAAUAUUUUAGAGCAAGUUGUAGGCACAAAAAUUGAUAGCGAACAUUUACAUUCACAACAUAGAACGAAGCAAAAUAAGAAAAUGUUAAGGUAUGAUCCUUUUAAAGACGAACAGCCGAAAUGUGAGCCCAAAAUAGAAGAGAAAGAACAUUUAUUACAAAAGACGAAGACAAAAGUGACGAAACUAGAAGAAAAGCCAACCACAGAAGUAUCGAAAGAGGUAUUUUACGUGGUUACGGACAGUUUGCAGCAAUCUCUGAAAAAGCGUGGUGAAGGCUUCAGCUUAUUGGAUAUGUUUGGACGGAACGAAGUGAAUGAAUCACGUGAAACUCGCUUAAAGGAAAUAUGCAACGAAAAAAUUCUAAUUAAUCAUAGAAAAUCAGAAAAAUCAUUUCAAAUAAAUCCAUUCAAUUAUGAUUCAUCCUCAACAGAUGAAGAAGAGGGAGAUGAAGGUAUUGCUUUAGGGGGCGACGAUACGACGGAGAAAACUGUGAAUUCUAUAAAGAAAAACAAAGUUAAUAUUAAUACUGAAAGCUUUUUCAUACCUAAAACUGAUAAACGAUUGAAAGAAGGUUUCAAUUUCUUCAAUUACGACAAAAUGCCCGAUGGAACUGCUGAAAAUUAUGAAGAUGUCCGUCAUCGUUUGAAACAAAUAAUUAAGACUAAAAUUGCAAAAGCCAAAAAAAAUUUAGCAAAAGCUGGUUAUCGUACCAAAAAAAGAAGGGGGCUGUAAUAUGGAUGUGGUGGUUAUUGUACUUGUUAUUUAUCACUAAGUACAUAGCGACUUGGUGCAGAUAGACGGUAUUUAUGCAAUUCUGGAAAUGCAACGGAAGACUUUUUCUGCCUUCUUAAGCCUACUGUCACUCUCAGAGUUGGCAUGGUAACUGUCUGUCUAUUUGCUUGACAUUAGUUUUACUAUGGCGUCCAUAAAAUUCCAUACGUUCGCCUAUAAUUAACAAAAGUGUGACAAUUAGAAAUAUAUUACCAUAAUGAAAAGCUAUUU